AUGGAUCCGCCCGAAAAGGAGAAGCCCUUGGCAUGCCUCCCAAGUUCCGACUCUCUCUCAUCUCCCAAGGGACUUGCGUCUAACGCUGGCAGUUUUUCUAGCUGCGGCGACCCGGGGAAGACUGACAAGUGCGAGGAUACUUUUGUAGUGGGCGAGUACCACUUGUCAUCUUGCCCCAUUUGCUUGGAGCGAUUCACGCUAGACAACCCUGCAAUCGUUUUUGUGUGUGGGCAUGGCUUUCACCUGCAGUGUCUGGAGAGUUGGAGGCAGCGGGCGUCCAUAUGCCCUGUCUGCAUGAAACCCAUGCUGGGUGAGGGAAUCCCCAUGCUGUCGGCGCGUGAUACACGGCGACGAAGGCGGUACAAGGGCGUCAACAGCACUGGCUUGACUGCAGAUGCCGCGGAGAGCGGCAGCGUUCACGGCGUGUGCGAUGAACCAACCGUAGGGGACCCCAUGAUGGCACCGCCCCGGUGUGCGCCUCCCCGUGAGGCGGAGCAAAUGGCGAACAACCACAGGAACGGUGGCGUCACGUGGUCUGUGUUAGCCGCACUAUCUUUCCUCUCGCGGUGGUGCUCCCGCGGUGGAGAGUAA